UUGUAACUAGAAUACGCCCACAUAAGAGAUCGAGUCAUUCAAUGUUCAGUAAGUUGCAGGGAAGGGACAAAAGCACAUUUAGCGUGUCACCAUAUAUAGUUUCAUUCUGUAGCUGUAUAUCUGCAAUCAGAAGAUCAGAUCGGAGCCACGAUGCCUAUGUUUCUCGUGAACACCAAUGUGGCGAAGGAUGCUGUGCCAGCCUCCCUCAUGUCUGAGGCCACGGAGGAGCUGAGCAAAGCCAUGGGCAAACCUGUGCAGUACGUCGCGGUGCAGAUUAACUCCGGCCAAAUGAUGACCUUUGGGGGGAAGCCCGAUCCGUGCGCGCUCUGCUUCCUACACAGCAUUGGAAAGAUCGGAGGAUCGCAGAACAAGCAGUACUCCAAACUGAUAUGUGGUCUGCUGAAUAAGCACCUGGGAAUCUCCCCUGAAAGGAUCUACGUGAACUUUGUGGACAUGGAUGCUGAGAAUGUGGCCUGGAACAACACAACCUUUGGCUGAAGGUCAAAGCUGCUUGUGAAUAACAAUUAAUCUAAAUAUCCUGUUUAGGGUCCGGGACGUAGUAAAUUCACUGUUUCUCCUUCCUGAUUUAAAUCUGAUGGCUACAUUUACAUACGGAUCUACGUCAGUUUGCUUUGUAGGCUGUUAGAAAAUGCUUAAACCGACAUGUCUUAUGGUGACAUGGAAAAUAAAGUGAAAAUAUCCUGUCUUA